AUGGAGCUCACGGAACCUCAGCUCUGUUUCCCAAUGCUCCUGAACACCUCAUGCAGGAGGCAGCCUGCCCGUGCGUCCUACGGAAUGGAUGUCCUGUCCAUCCUACUGUUCUUCAUGGCUGUGGUCACGGCGUUCCUCAACCUGCUGGUCAUCAUCUCCAUCUCCCACUUCAGGCAGCUUCACUCCUCCACCAACUCCUUCCUCCUGUCUCUGGCUGUCUCGGACUUCCUGAUCGGCAUGGUGGUGGUUCCGAUCGAGGUCCAGAUGACCAGUACCUGUUGGUACCUGGGUGAUCUGCUGUGUGCUCUGUACUUCAUCGUCCCCAUCACCCUGAUAAUGGCAUCCGUCGGGACCAUGGUCCUGAUCUCGGUGGAUCGCUACGUGGCCAUCUGUGACCCACUCCGUUAUCAGACCAGAAUAACCAUUAAAGUGGUCAACCUGAGUAUCUGUCUGUGCUGGACCUGUGCUGUCAUCUACUCCGUUUGUCUCUUACAUGAAAACCUGGAACACCCAGGACGCUUUAACUCCUGUUUUGGUGAGUGUGUGGUGAACAUUAAUGGUGAAGUGGACCUGGUGGUGGGCUGCAUUCUGCCGGUGUCUGUGGUCAUCGUUCUGUAUACGAGGGUGUUCAAGGUGGUUUUGUCUCAGGUUCGAGCCAUGCGUUGUCAAGUUUCACUUCCUUCAGCCACUGGAAACGCCAAGAUGUCUGAGGUGAAAGCAGCCACAAGCCUGGGCGUGGUGGUCCUUGCAUUCCUGUUCUGUUACAUCCCCUAUUAUUUGGUGACGAUGUCAGGUGGACACAUCCUCAUUGGGUCUCUAAUCGAGUCCUACACCAUUUUUAUAGUGUAUUUCAACUCCUGCCUAAACCCUGUAAUCUAUGCCUUGUUCUGCCGCUGGUUUAGAACAGCUCUUAAACUGAUUGUCACUCUUCAGAUACUGAAGCCUGGUUCCUGUCACGCCCGCUUACUGUAG